AUGGGCGCGCGCCUGCCGCUCGUGCUGCGCCAGCUCCGCGCGCGCCGCCCCCGGCCCCCGCGCCGCCCCCGGCCCUGGCGCGCCCGCAGCGGCGGCGGCGCGGGGUGCGGCGCGGGAGGGCUGCUGGAGCGGCGGCGGCCGCAGGACGCGCAGGCCCGCUCAGGCGGCCCGGGCCCCCCGGGGCCCCCCGCGCGCGCCCCCCUGGUCAGAGAAGUCAUUGAGAAUUCAAAAGAAGUUCUCACUUUACUGCAAGAGAAAAACCCUACCUUUAAGCCGGUUCUUGCCAUCAUUCAGGCAGGCGACGAUAACUUGAUGCAGGAAAUCAACCAGAAAUUGGCUGAGGAGGCCGGUCUGGACAUCACUCACAUUUGCCUUCCCCCGGACAGCGGCAAGGAUGAGAUUAUAGAUGAAAUCUUGAAGAUCAACGAGGACCCCACAGUACAUGGGCUUGCGCUUCAGAUCUCUGAGGACUCAUUUACCAACAAAGUCCUCAAUGCCUUAAAACCAGAAAAAGAUGUGGAUGGGCUGACAGACAUAAACCUGGGGCGGCUGGUGCGCGGAGACGCCCAGGAGUGCUUCGUCUCCCCGGUCGCCAGAGCUGUGAUCGAACUUCUUGAGAAGUCAGGUGUCGACUUGCAUGGAAAGAAGAUCUUGGUCCUUGGCGCCCACGGGUCUUUGGAAGCCGCCCUGCAAUGCCUGUUCCAGAGAAAAGGCUCCAUGACCAUGAGCUCCCAGUGGGAAACUCCGCAGCUCCAAAGCAAGCUUCAAGAGGCUGACAUUGUCGUCUUAGGCUCAGCCAAGCCGGAGGAGGUUCCCCUUUCUUGGAUACAACCAGGAACCAUUGUUCUCAACUGUUCCCAUGACUUCCUCUCAGGGAAGCUUGGAUGUGGUGCUCCUGGGAUAAAUUUUAGUGGUCUCUUUGCAGAAGAUGAUGUGAGUCUGCUUGCUGCAGCUCUGCGGAUUCAGAAUAUGGUCAGUAGUGGCCGGAGGUGGCUUCGGGAACAGCAGCACUCCAGGUGGAGACUCCACUGCCUGAAGCUUCAGCCUCUGUCCCCUGUUCCAAGCGAUAUCGAGAUUUCCAGAGCACAGACUCCAAAAGCCGUGGAAGUCCUUGCCAAGGAGAUAGGAUUGCUCGCAGAUGAAAUUGAAAUCUACGGCAAGAGCAAAGCCAAAGUGCGUUUGUCCGUGCUCGAGAGGUUGAAGGAUCAAGCAGAUGGGAAAUACGUCAUCGUGGCCGGGAUCACCCCCACGCCGCUGGGAGAAGGGAAGAGCACGGUCACGGUGGGGCUCGUGCAGGCGCUGACCGCACACCUCAACAUCAACUCCUUCGCCUGUCUGCGGCAGCCUUCUCAAGGGCCCACGUUCGGAGUUAAAGGAGGAGCCGCGGGCGGCGGGUAUGCCCAGGUCAUCCCCAUGGAAGAGUUCAACCUUCAUCUGACUGGAGACAUCCACGCCAUCACCGCUGCCAAUAACUUGCUGGCUGCCGCUAUCGACACAAGGAUUUUCCAUGAAAACACUCAAACAGAUAAGGCUCUCUAUAAUCGACUGGUUCCUUCAGUGAAUGGUGUUCGAGAAUUUUCAGAAAUUCAACUUGCUCGGCUGAAAAAACUGGGAAUAAAAAAGACUGAUCCGAGUUCACUGACAGAAGAGGAGAUCAGUAAAUUCUCCCGGCUCAACAUCGACCCCUCCACCAUCACGUGGCAGAGAGUAUUGGAUACGAAUGACCGCUUUCUGCGGAAAAUGACAAUUGGGCAGGCAGACUCGGAGAAAGGGUACUGCCGAGAGGCCCAGUUCGACAUUGCAGUGGCCAGUGAAAUCAUGGCGGUGCUGGCCCUGACCGACAGCCUUGCAGACAUGAAGGAGCGGCUGGGAAGAAUGGUAGUGGCCAGUGACAAAAAUGGACAGCCUGUGACAGCAGAAGAUUUGGGGGUGACAGGUGCUUUGACAGUUUUGAUGAAAGAUGCAAUAAAACCAAAUCUGAUGCAGACCCUGGAAGGGACGCCCGUGUUCGUGCAUGCCGGCCCCUUCGCCAACAUUGCACAUGGCAACUCCUCCGUGCUGGCUGAUAAAAUUGCCUUGAAAUUGGUUGGCGAAGAAGGAGUUGUGGUCACUGAAGCCGGAUUUGGUGCCGACAUUGGAAUGGAGAAGUUCUUCAACAUCAAGUGCCGGACUUCUGGGCUGGUGCCCAAUGUCGUGGUGUUGGUAGCCACUGUCCGAGCCCUCAAGAUGCACGGAGGUGGGCCGAGCGUAACUGCUGGCGUCCCUCUUAAGAAAGAAUACACUGAGGAGAACAUCCCACUGGUGGCAGACGGCUGCUGUAACCUCCAGAAGCAAAUCCAGAUCGCCCAGCUCUUUGGGGUUCCCGUGGUCGUGGCCAUAAAUGUCUUCAAGACGGACACCCCGGCUGAGAUCGACUUGGUGUGUGAGCUGGCGAAGCGGGCGGGCGCCUUCGACGCCGUCCCCUGCUACCACUGGUCCAAGGGCGGGAAGGGGUCGGUGGACCUGGCGUGGGCUGUGAGAGAGGCUGCGAAUAAAGGAAAUCGCUUCCAGUUCCUGUACGACGUGGAGCUUCCAAUUGUGGAAAAGAUAAGAACCAUUGCCCAGACUGUCUAUGGAGCCAAAGACAUCGAGCUCUCUCCCGAGGCACAAUCAAAAAUAGAUCGCUACACACAACAGGGUUUUGGAAAUUUGCCCAUCUGCAUGGCAAAGACCCACCUGUCUCUCUCUCAUGAACCUGACAAGAAAGGUGUACCCCGGGAUUUCAUUUUACCCAUCAGCGAUGUCCGGGCCAGCAUCGGCGCUGGCUUCAUUUACCCUUUGGUUGGAACGAUGAGCACCAUGCCUGGCCUGCCCACUCGGCCCUGCUUUUAUGACAUAGACCUGGACACCAAGACGGAGCAAAUUAAAGGCUUGUUCUGAAGGAAGAAGAUUUGCACAGACCCCAUUCAGGCUCCCGAAAUAGAAACUACUCCUUGCCUUUUUGCUGCAUUUGGAGAAAGAACACGAAUUUGAAAUAUGCUUGUUACGAAACGCUGCUGGAGAAAUGGCGAAAUAGACCAAAGAUUUAUUAUUCUUCAUUCAAGACGAAUUCCUUUUGCAACAGAAUAUAGUAUUCAGCAAACGGACCUCCACCAUGUUUGAAGGAAACUAAUUUAUUUUCUGUUUCUGCAGAGUUUACUUUAUUUCCUACUGCUUACACUUUGGAAUGUGUAUUGUAUUGGGACUGUGGGAUUAAAAGAGUGUGAACGAAAAGGUAACAUGUUCUGCUGUGAGUUUUUCUAUUUUGUCUUUGAACUGAAAAUAAACACGUAUCUCGAAAACC